UGGCCCGGCGGCGGGGUGGGUGGCUCUGCGCCGGCUACUGCCCCGGACCGGCUCAGCGCCCCUCGCCCCCCGGCUGCUGGACGGGGCCGCUCGGUCUGACAUGAGGCCGUGAGCCUGCACCGCUGCCGGCUGAGACACAUGAGGAAGAAGUGGCUAGUUCCAUUAUGUGUGCGUCAGCCAAAUAUAACACCCGGGGUCCAGCCCUCAUCCCAAGAAUGAAGACCAAGCACCGCAUCUACUACAUCACACUCUUUUCCAUUGUCCUGCUUGGCCUUAUUGCCACGGGUAUGUUCCAGUUCUGGCCACAUUCCAUCGAGUCAUCCAGUGAUUGGACAGUGGAAAAGCGCAGUGUCCAUGAUGUACUUGUAGUCAAGCUUCCUCCUGACAGCCCCAUCCCAGAACGGGGAGAUCUCAGCUGUAGGAUGCACACCUGCUUUGAUGUCUAUCGCUGUGGCUUCAACCCCAAAAACAAGAUCAAGGUCUAUAUCUAUUCACUGAAGAAAUAUGUGGAUGAGUAUGGGAUGCUGGUUAGCAACACUAUCUCUCGGGAGUACAACGAGCUGCUGACUGCUAUCUCUGACAGUGACUUCUACACAGAUGAUGUCAACCGGGCCUGCCUCUUUGUGCCAUCCAUAGAUGUGCUGAACCAGAACACGCUCCGCAUCAAGGAAACUGCUCAAGCCUUGGCACAGUUAUCCAGGUGGGAUCGAGGCACAAACCACCUGCUGUUCAACAUGCUGCCUGGGGGGCCACCUGACUACAACACAGCACUGGAUGUUCCCAGAGAUAGAGCCCUGUUGGCUGGAGGAGGCUUCUCCACGUGGACCUAUCGGCAAGGCUACGAUGUCAGUAUUCCUGUUUACAGCCCUUUGUCUGCAGAGGUGGAGCUGCCAGAGCGGGGACCAGGUCCUCGUAGGUACUUCAUCCUGUCAUCCCAAAUGGCUCUUCAUCCGGAAUACCGUUCUGACUUGGAGGCUCUUCAGGUUGAGAACAGAGAGUCUGUGCUGAUCCUGGACAAAUGCACAAAUCUGUCAGAGGGAGUUCCUUCUGUUCGUAAACGUUGCCACAAGAACCAGGUCUUUGAGUACCCUCAGGUGCUUCAGGAAGCCACAUUCUGCAUCGUUCUGCGUGGUGCUCGCCUGGGACAAGCUGUGCUAAGUGAUGUACUUCAGGCUGGCUGUGUCCCUAUUGUUAUUGCUGACUCCUAUGUUUUGCCUUUUUCUGAAGUUCUGGACUGGAAGAGAGCCUCUGUUGUGAUACCUGAAGAAAAGAUGCCUGAAAUGUACAGCAUUCUGCAAAGCAUUCCUCAGCGGCAGAUUGAGGAGAUGCAGAGACAGGCAAGGUGGUUCUGGGAAGCGUAUUUUCGGUCGAUGAAAGCUAUUGCUCUGGCCACCCUUCAGAUUAUCAAUGACAGGAUCUACCCAUAUGCUGCCAUGUCUUACGAAGAAUGGAAUGAUCCCCCAGCUGUUAAAUGGAGCAGUGUGAGCAACCCACUCUUCCUUCCAUUAAUCCCACCACAGUCUCAAGGCUUCACUGCUAUAGUCCUGACGUAUGACAGGGUGGAAAGCCUCUUCCGAGUCAUCACUGAGGUGUCCAAGGUGCCCAGUCUAUCCAAGCUGUUAGUCGUCUGGAACAAUCAGAAUAAGAAUCCACCAGAAGACUCUCUAUGGCCAAAGAUUCGGGUUCCACUGAAGGUUGUGAAGACCACAGAAAACAAGCUUAGUAACCGCUUCUUCCCCUAUGAUGAGAUUGAAACGGAGGCAGUCUUGGCCAUUGAUGAUGAUAUCAUCAUGUUGACCUCUGAUGAACUGCAGUUUGGUUAUGAGGUUUGGCGGGAGUUUCCCGAUAGGCUGGUUGGGUAUCCAGGUCGCCUGCAUCUGUGGGACCAUGAGAUGAACAAAUGGAAGUAUGAAUCAGAGUGGACCAAUGAAGUCUCCAUGGUGCUUACUGGAGCAGCUUUUUAUCACAAGUAUUUUAACUACCUUUACACCUACAAAAUGCCUGGAGACAUCAAGAACUGGGUGGACGCCCACAUGAAUUGUGAAGAUAUCGCCAUGAAUUUUCUAGUGGCAAAUGUUACUGGCAAAGCGGUUAUUAAGGUGACCCCACGAAAGAAGUUUAAAUGUCCAGAGUGCACAGCCAUAGAUGGAUUGUCGCUGGACCAGACACACAUGGUGGAAAGGUCUGAAUGCAUCAAUAAGUUUGCCUCUGUCUUUGGGACCAUGCCCCUGAAAGUGGUGGAGCAUCGUGCUGAUCCUGUCCUGUACAAAGAUGACUUCCCUGAGAAACUGAAGAGCUUCCCCAACAUUGGCAGUUUGUAAAAGGCAGCUCGGAGGCAAACUUGAGUAUAAAAACCAAUGAGAGAAAAAAGAUGACCAGUGCCAAGAUGAGCCUUAGGCCUUGAAGGAAAAUGCCAUUGUGUGGGUUAUAACUGAGGGGAAGAGGAUAAAUGCCAGGUUCUGAUAUAUUAAUCCGUCCUUCACAAUACACAGAACAGUAAUGCAGAGCGCUGCACCUAUUUCUAUAUUACACACACAUACAGGACAGGAUCUAUGCUUGGGUCUACUGAAAAUGCCAAACACUUUUUUCCAGUGGAGGCUGCUUAUGCAGAAGAAUAAAGCAGAAUCUUGCUGUGUUAAGGGGUGCCUUGCAUGACUUCCCCAUUCUGUUAAAUACAUUCUUUUGGUUUGAUGCAACUACCAGUAUAAAUGCCAACUGCCUUCAAUACUGGCUACAACAUGUAUCCAGCCUGUUUUUCCCCUUAUGAGGCUGGCAUGCCUACCUCCAUUGAGGUUAGUUGUUGGCUUUAAGUAAUUGAGCAACAAAGAUCCCUGGCCUGUCUCUUUUGCUUAGCAAGAUAAAUGUUUUUUUUUUUAAAUAAAAAUAAAAAUCCAAUCUUUUGUUGUAGGGUUUAGGGGGCUAAACAUUUUUGCAUUAAAUGAAAAAUAUUUCAAUGGGAAUUGUUGCUGAUCACAGCCAAGGGGAUGGUCUCCUUAAUUUAAAGACUUAGAUAUCCCUACAAUCACUACACCUCUCAUAUGUAUGUAUAAAUCUCAGGUUUUUUGCUAUACUUAUAGAAGAGAAGUCCAUUCAAUAUAAAAGACAUUUUAUGGAGAGGAAAAUGUAUCUUCUGGCCUUACUAUGUUUUGCUGUCCCCAAAGCUCUUCCUUAUCAAGAUGGAACAGUUGUUUGUUCAUAUAGCAUAUCCACGUACAGGGGUAACCGCUAAAAUGGAUUUUGUAUAUGUGAACCCUCUUCAGAAAACAAUGUGCUGUAGGAUAGAUUGUCAUACACCUCAAUGUGCAGGAAUUCCACUUUACAGCUGGUGUGUGUAUGUGCAGUAUAUUAACACAUACACCUCUACGCUGAUAAACACGACCCGCUAUAACAUGAAUUUGGAUAUAACGCAGGGGGCGGGGCUGCGCAGUCCAGCAGAUCAAAGCAAGUUCGAUAUAAUGCGGUUUCACCUAUAAGGCGGUAAGAUUUUUUGGCUCCCGAGGACAGCGUUAUAUCAGGGUAGAGGUGUACUUAGCAAACAAACCCAUACAAGCUGCCCUCAUUUGAAGAAUUGCCGAAGGUUAGCCAGUGAUUAACCUGUAGAACCCACUGCCACAGGAUCUUACUUGAACACAUGGCUUAGUAUAAUUUUUAAAAAGUUAGACAUUUGUUAUGGAGGGGCAAGGUGUUUCUCCAUGGUUUAAGCUGAUCUGAAUAUUAACUGUCUACGCUAGAGACAAUAAAAUUUUCAAAGAUGAUCAGUCCUCAUGCUCCAGCAUAUAAACUGUUCCCAAGCUGGAACCAGAGGGGAAGUCUCCUCUUUGCCCAAGUGGUAUAGUGUCCAUCUAUUUGGUGCAUUAUGAGCAGUUUGCACUUUCCUCACUAGCAUCCAAUACUGCAACUGUUGGAGGCAUCAUGUUUGAUGGACCAUCUCUCUGUUACAGUAUGACCAUUCUUAUAGUUCUGCCAAACCCCAAACAGCAGGGCAAGUGUUAGCACUCUUAGUUCAUCCUCCCACCUCGAGAGUGACAGGCAGCAAUGGCAAAAAUCAAAUGGAAGUCAAGCAAGAAACAGGAAACAUCUGCUCUCUGUUUGUGUCAUCCCAGUAAAACUUUCCUCAUUGCCCAACACAGUGGACAUGUUGGGAAGAAGAAGCCUGUUAGAACAGUAGCUGUGAGGGAAUACUUAGAACUCUCAAGGGAGGUGUCUGUAAACUAAAUUGUCUCAUUCUUGGGAAUGUUUAACUACCAAUAUAUUCUAAGACUUGUUUCUAGGAUCUUGCAUCUUUGCUACAUUCUAACUGUGCUGUGGAGGAUGGUAGUAGGCAAUGGCAGGAAUAGCUGUCCCGAUGUUGGUACCACUGGGUGAGGAACACUGUUUCUCUGCUGCUGAGCAGUUCUUCCCUGCAGCCUCCACACAUACACUUACUUCCUGAGUCUGUUAGUUUGUCUGAAUUAUGUCCUUGUGCUUGAGAAUCACAGACUGCAGCUCACUUUCCAUAAAGCAGCUUGUUUUUAAAAGGGAAAUUAUGACAGCAGAAUAUGUGACUGAACUGACCCCAGAGGUGGAGCUAACCUCAGGAUGGCAGAGGUUUGGGAGUGUUCCAGAGAGAGAACUUCUCCCAUGCACACAGUCUUGAAACUGCUGCAACCUGGUAGUUCCUCCUGAAGUUGAUAGGCAAAGGUUACAUGUAGCUUUUGCACAAACACUUAUAGCACAAGGCAGAUUUCAGACUAGGGGGAAUAUGAUGGCCUAGAAAUAGAAGUGGUGGGUGGCAGCCUGACAAAGAAGAGCUCUGUGUAGCUCAAAAGCUUGUCUCUCUCUCUCUCACCAACAGAAGUUGGUCCAAUAAAAGAUUUUACCUCACCCAGCUUGUCUCUCUGAAACCCACCUAAAGUGAUCUCUAGGUUUGACACACUAAGUGAUUGACAGCCCCUCAUGUCCACGAUCAUGUGGGCUUGAGCAAGUGUCUCUUCCUUGAUAAGCCCAAGAGCCGUUAUGUCAAUUAACCCAUCAUAUUUUGUCCUGCAUCAUUUCACAGAUGUGUUUUAUAUUCCAAACUCUAUUUAAUGAUAGUAUGUCUCCGUUCUGUGGUAUGGAAAGUGACCUGAAUAUAAAGUUGGGCAGCUGUCAAGUCUAUAGGGCCACUUCCCCAACUCCUUUAUAAUUUUUGUGGUGUUUCUGAAAACGAUUCAAAACUGUAAAAUAGCAAAGUGUGUGUGUGAGAGAGAAUUGAGAUGAUUCUAUUGUCCAUCAUUAAAUUAAGAGAAUUGUUAACUGUUCAGCUUGUAUGUUUUAUUAAAAAAAAAAAGUUCAAUAUGGAUAUUAAAAAAAGAUUAGCUCAAAA